UCGGGCCAUUGACAGCGGUUUGUUAUUUAACCAGUUUUUUUCUAACAAAACAAUGCAAAAUUCUUUGAAAUUUGUGCAUGUGGCACUAAGGUGCCAACAGCGUUCCAUUUGCACGUCAGCACCCUUGUCAGGCAAGCGAAAUUUCCGUAAAUUCAACGUUUACAACAAACGUGGCACACGCGUGGUGAAGGAGGCACAGAAGACUUUGGCAAACCCACCAGUGGCUAUACAUAAACGCGGCGUGCGUGACACUGGCGUAGUCAUUAACGGUCAGUUUGUGGAAAUACCUGAGAAAAUACCCGACAUCAUAGUACCUGACCUGAGCAACUGCAAGUUGAAGCCGUAUGUGUCUUACAAGGCGCCGGAAGUAGUGCAGUCUGAGUUUACUAGCUUGGAUCUGUUUAAUGCUGUUUACUCGAAGAAGAUAAUAGAGGACUUCAAAGCUGAUAAGCUGCAGGCGGACGGCGAGGCAAUAGAGCCGUCACCAAACGAACAGCUCACACCAUCAGAAGCGCUGAUUCGUGCACGUAAAACUGGAAGCGAUAUAUUCUAGACAUAAGAUUUUAUUGUUAAAUCGAAAGCAAUUAUUCCUUGAUAUACUUUUGGCGGUAAUUGUAGAGUUUGCGCAACCACUUCUCCGCCUUCAGUUCUGGAUCGCAGAGAAACUGCAGUGUCAUAAGAGUGUUAAAGAUAAAAAUACAAUAAAUGUCAAGAUAUUCUUACAUUUGGAUGAAAAACGUCCUCCUCCUUGA